ACUACGCUUUUAGCGCGUAAGCGUGUUCCUUGAAUGCAACCAUAGAUCUUAUAAGAUAUACAAGAUCCAUGCUGCUUGUGAAUAAGUGUACCGAUAGCAAGAUUUAGAACGAACUCAACAGCUGAUGCCGAAAACAUGGCGAAGUUGACCCAUGCCGUGUGGGGUCUAUCUUCAAACUUUACAGCAAAUCGGUAUUUUUCUCGAUUAUUAACUCCAUGGUAUAAUAUAUCUGUCACGUCAUCUCGAGAAAUGUCAACAAAUGCUGCUGUCAAAGCUGAAGAUGCUUUAAUUAUCAGUGACAGUUGUGUAAAGCGCUUGAAGGAAAUAGCAAGCAAUGGCACAUGUUUGAGAGUUACAGUGGAAGGCGGUGGUUGUUCUGGAUUUCAAUACAAGUUUGAUUUAGAUUCAAACAUACAAGAGGAUGACAAAGUAUUUCAGAAGGAUGGUACUAAAAUAAUUAUAGACUCGACGUCGUUAGAAUAUGUGAAGGGAUCAACAAUAGAAUUCCACACAGAAUUGAUACGAUCUGCCUUUAGGAUAACAAAUAAUCCGUUAGCUGAACAGGGAUGCAGUUGUGGUGCUAGCUUUGCUAUUAAAGUGGAGUAAAUAAUUAUAAAUGUAUUUAUUUAUAUUAAAUAUUGGCUAAUAAAUUAUAGUUUAUAAUAUAAUAUUUAAACUUUGUAAACCAUACUGAGAAGAUCAAUUAUAUUUUAUUUAUAUAAUCAAUACACACAAAGCAAUACAUAUAAUUGCUUUGGCUUAUACAUUAAUUUUAUCACAACACCUACCAUAAACAGUAGCUGUACAUAUUUCUUAUAUCUCUUUUAAUACAGUAAAGAAUAGAUUACA